AUGAGCUCGAAAUCGCGUCCGCGCGGGACGUACAAAGCACCAGUGCACCGCGCCCUUGAUCCACUCCUCAUAUUCCCCGGCUCUCAGGUCGCCAGUAAACCGGAACGCGACGUCAAUCACCGUCUGCACGCCCUCCGUGGCGAGCACUUCAGGCAUGACCUCAACAUCCGUCGUGCUCUCGCCGCUUCGACGCACGCGACACCGCGACAAUCACUCCCCUAUGCUGGUCCAGUGCCAAAGAGCUGGGUUCCCACGACAGAGUCGCAUGAGCCGGACUUGGACUCGCCGUCCUGGCGUGCGGGCGCGUUGGAGCUAUUUCUCGACGACGAAAAGUUCACUUCGACCUCAAGCCUGAAUAGUGAACAAGGGCGCUACGGAUCGUCUAUGCCCUCGUUGCCGCUACUGUGCGUACGCGCUCUGCUCGCGACAUACGGCUCAGACGCGGAGUCGAUUUCCGCGUUACGCCCGUACCUUCCGCCGGCCGCGAGAAGGAUAUUACUGAGAGAUACGGCGGUAUAUGAGCCCCUCAGCAGCGGUGCACUCGCUGCACUACUUGCUCCAGAUGGACAUGCGGGUGGCGAGGUUAUCAUCGUCGGGCCCGGGCAAGUGAUGAAGUCUGAGCUGUUACGAGCGAGCGAACCAGCAGGAGUUGAGGGCGAAGCCAAUGAUUCACAUCCUCGCGAGGACGCGCAAGAAGGGUGGCGAGACGAUGACGAUGAAGAAGAGUCUUGGGACGCUCCGACUGACGGAGACCUAUACACCGCAUCGGGUCUCGCACUUCUGCGGACGCCUCUCCCGGUCCGCUUGCUGCCUUCGCUACCUGCGACGCUCACGCGACUAUCGCUCGUCGCUCUUCCCUCCCCCGCACCUCUGCAUCGCCUGCCAGGAGCAUGUCCGUUACUUGAACUACUGGACCUCAGUUGGAACAACUGGCUUGCGAAGCCUGCGUGGGGCGAGGAUACUGCCCUUGCGAGGAUUAGAUGGGACAGGUGGACAAGGCUCAGGGUGUUAGGCGUGCGAGAGACUGGUUUGGACGGUGAUAGCGAGGUGUUGAAGGGAGUCAAUGAGGGACGUUGGGUGGAUGGGAUGGAAGUCGUGGAUAUCAUUGCUUAG